AUGACGCCCUCACUGCGACCAAACGAACCUCCGACGCCCCGAUCAAUCGAAGAAUCAACCACCACGACAUCCGAACCCCGAAACAUCCUCCCCGCAACACAAAGGCCCUCGCCACCACUAGCCCCUACAACAAUCGCACAACACCCGCCAAAUUUCGCCGCUGGGUCGCCAACGCAUCCCGAUUACGCAUUCCUCCAAGUCCCCGACACAAAAGACCUGUUCCCGCAGGAUUUAGCAUUCCUCGUUAGUCAAGGAUGUUUUGUGGUUCCGCAGCGCGCGGCGCUGGAUGAUUUUCUGAGGCAGUAUUUUCUGCACGUCCAUCCGAUGCUUCCGAUUCUGAAUGAGAAGGAUUUUUGGCUGUCGUAUAACUCGGUGGAUAAUGAUGUGGAGUAUGAGAUGCCGAUGUUGGUGCUGCAGGGGAUUUUGUUUAUUUCUUCCGGGUUUGUUUCGUCGGAGACGAUUAAGAUGCUUGGCUUUGAGGAUGUCCAUCAAGCCAAACUCGCAUUCUACCGUCGAUCAAAGCUCCUCUAUGACUUCAGCGUCGAAAAGUCUUGCAUCGCCAUAGCCCAAGCCUCCCUCCUCCUCGCGCACACACACCUCAUCCCCCGCUGCAUAGCAGGCAACAAGCCCCUCGGCUCAAUCUGGCUCGGCAUCGCCAUAUCCUACGCCCGCGUCGCCAAAGCACACUGCUACUCCUCCCUCCGCCCCAACAAAGACACCGAAGUAGCCAAGGUCCAAAAACUACGCAACACCCUCAAGCGCCUCUGGUGUUCGUGGAGUGAGACUAAGACGACGUUGGAUGAGAGGAUGGCUGAGGAUAUUUCUCCGGCGUCAUCGAUUAUUUUGUUCAAGAAUCUCAUUGAGAUGUACUACCAUUCGGCGCGGCUCUCUGUAUGUCACUACAACAUACUCCGAUCAAAUUUACUACCGCCGUCUCAAUCCGAUACGCAACUACGACGACAAAGCGAAGAUCUUCAGGGCUCAGCAUCGCGCGUGACAGAGUGUCUACUUGAAUUCGACCGUCUAGGGUUAUCACGCUGGCUCCCAAUGACUGCCAUCGGAUGCACAGCCUUCCCACUGGCACUUCAGAUGAUCGACGUUGAACUUCUCCGCCCCAAAAAGCCAGCAUCACCGGAAGAAGGCGUCAAACUCACACAAAAAGAACAACACGUCGAGAAUAUCCUCAAACAGAUGAAGAGCUAUAAGAAGAAAUAUUACAUCACAGACUGGGUCAUGCGAGCUAUUCGACAUGUCGUUGAACUGGCCAGACAGCGAUCACCUGCACCGAUGUCAACCGAGGACGAUUCUUCACCGAGCAGUUGUCUCGAUAUGCUCAAAACACGACCGAGUUACUACCUUCGACUCGUCAUGACGCUUGAUAUGAGUAUCAGCAACGGCAGACUCCCAGACGAAUGCGACUUCCCCCCAUCGCUACGAAAAGCAGGUCGUGGGCUGAGCUCCAGAUCUCAAGCAACGUCCAUGCCAACAGUCGACGAACAAUCGAUGAAGCGAUUCUCCGCCAUGAACAAACAUCUCAUCCCCGACAAUCUAACAGACCACAGCAAUUUCAUAUCUAACAACAUGCAAGCCCAAGAUUUGCGCACCAUCGACCAAGAAGCGUUCUUCAACAACAAACAGCCCUUCCCCGCUGAUUUAACAGCGGCGUUAUGCGAGAUUACGAAUAUUCCACCGCUGGACUUUAGCGAUAUGUCUUUGAUGGAUUCAACACAUUUUAAUGACUUUGGGGGUGUUCCGUUUUGGCCGUAUGAUUUAUUGGGGUCGCCGCCUGAUCAGGCUGGGACACAGGUUGAGGAGGUUGGGUUGGGUGAUAUGUUUACGGGACUGAUGGGCGAUAUGAAUGAUAAGACUUAUGAUGGGAAUGGAAAGGAGAGUGCAGCGAAUGAUAUGAUUAUGGAUUCUUUUUGA